AGAGUAGUAUAAUAGUCUAAACUCUAAUGUCAUUUUUGCUAGCAAACGGUUUCCUUUCAUCUUGUCCUCCUGGCUGCUCGUUUUCAAGUUCAAGCUUUUCGAAGUUAUUAAAAUAGUCACCAUAACAGUAACUUUUAUAAUGUGACUUAUUAUUUGUAGUUCUAUCUAAGGUCUAAUUUUAAGUACAAAUAAUUAAAAAAAAUGGAGACAUCAAAAAUAGAUUCGGAUUUACCUAAUAAAAUGGCACAUUUAGAUAUAAUGGAGAUAGGAGAAUCUUCUAAUGCCAAUGUAUCAGAGUCAAAAUCUAGAGUGUUAAGAAAACGCAAACAGUUAUCACCUGAAGUAAACAAACCCUCGAACCGUCGAGUUAAUAUGAAACCCCGAAAACAUAGUAUUGUAACAGAAAAUGCCAAUUCUAAACAAAUUGAGGCAUUAUAUCUUAAUAAGAAGGUGAAAUCCUUAUCACAGACAUUAGAAACUAUUUACGAAGAGCCUAAAACUAAUAAUGUGGACUCUAAUACCUUAAUAGGUGGAAGGAAAGUGAAAAGACUGGUGACAUUUCAAAUAGGUAACCAUUAUACAAAGGAGAAAAUAAAAAAACGCAGAGCCAAAAUCAAAAAGUUGUUGGGUAAUAAAUCAAUUCUGAAUAGAAAGAAAAUUCCGAUGAAUGUUUUCCUUAAAACUAUUGAAUGCUUGGAGUUAGAUGAAGUUGCACCU